GUGGUGAUAACGCAUGUCCUAGGCGGUGGAAAAGGCAAGAUGGCGGCGCCCAUGGAGGUGGCCGUGUGUACCGACUCGGCGGCCCAGCUGUGGAGCUGCGUCGUGUGGGAGCUGCACUCGGGCGCCAAUCUGCUCACAUACCGCGGUGGCCAGGCCGGGCCUCGCGGCCUGGCGCUGCUCAAUGGCGAGUACUUGCUGGCGGCGCAGCUGGGCAAGAACUACAUCAGCGCCUGGGAGCUACAGAGAAAGGACCAGCUUCAGCAGAAGAUCAUGUGCCCCGGACCCGUCACCUGUCUCACCACGUCGCCCAACGGCCUCUACGUUCUGGCAGGGAUCGCAGAGAGCAUAUACCUGUGGGAGGUGUCCACAGGGAACCUUCUGGUCAUCCUGAGCCGCCACUACCAGGAUGUGUCGUGCCUACAGUUCACGGGGGACAGCAGCCACUUUGUCUCGGGGGGCAAGGACUGCCUGGUGCUGGCUUGGAGCCUCGGCAGCGUGCUGCAGGCUGACCCCUCCCGGACCCCUGUCCCCCGGCACGUGUGGUCUCGCCACACCCUCCCCAUCACAGACCUGCACUGUGGCUUUGGUGGGCCCCUGGCCCGGGUGGCCACCGCCUCGCUGGACCAGACAGUGAAGCUGUGGGAGGUCUCCUCCGGUGAGCUGCUGCUGUCCGUGCUGUUCGACGUGAGCAUCAUGGCCGUGACCAUGGACCUGGCUGAGCAUCACAUGUUCUGCGGUGGCAGUGACGGCGCCAUCUUCCAGCUCGACCUCUGCACUUGGCCCGGGCAAAGAGAGAAGAACUUCCAGCCGGAGCAGGACCACGGGAAGGUGUUCAGAGGACACAGGAACCAGGUGACCUGUCUGUCAGUGUCCACGGACGGCAGCGUCCUGCUCUCGGGCUCCCACGACGAGACGGUGCGCCUCUGGGACGUGCAGAGCCAGCAGUGCCUCAGGACGGUGGCCCUCAAAGGCCCCGUGACCAACGCCUGCAUCGUGCUGGCGCCCGUCGGCAUGCUGAGCUCCGACUUCAGGCCCGGCCUGGCCCUGCCCCACUUCAACAAGCACCCGCUGGGCACGGAGCACGGGGACGAGCCGCGCCGCGGGGGCCUCGCGCUGCGCCUGGGCCGCCACCAGCAGGGCUCAGAGCCCAGCUACCUGGAGCGGCUGGAACAGCUGCACACGGUGAUGUGCAGCACGCUGGAGAAGAACGUGCUGGGCGGCCAGGAUCAGCUGCGGAUCCGAGUGGCAGAGCUGGAGGACGAGGUGCGGAACCUGCGCAAGAUCAACCGCGACCUCUUCGACUUCUCCACGCGCAUCAUCACCCGGCCGGCCAAGUGAGCGCGCGCGCAGCCCGGACCCGCAUCCGGACCCUCCCGCCUGGCUGGCAGGGCCCGAGGCCCGAGCCCGUCCUCUGCCAGCAUCCUCUCGUUUGGAUUUGCCACCCCCACCAGGGGUCGUGGUCCAGUGUUGACCCGCUGUCCUCCCGUGACCUGCCGUGUCGUGUCGGUGCUGUGCCGUGUCUAACAAAAGAGCUGAAAUCCU